AUGGCCCAAGCGAAUGCCCAUCCAUCUCAAUCAGCCUCAUCAGCCCCUCCCCCGCCUGCCCCAGAGUCCGAAGUCCCCGGUCUACGCGCCUCACGCUUAAUCCAAGUCUUCGACCAAGCACUUGCUCGCACCUUGCGCGCAAACUCAUACGCCAACUUUGCGAGCUGCUUUCCCACGCCUGCGCGACACGUGCCUGCCAGUCUGGAGAAUGUGUGGAGACAAUUGAACGCGAAAUUGGAGGAGAGCGCGAAAGCUGAGUUUGAAGAGAUUAUUGAGGAGAGGCAGGCUGUGCAGCAUUUGAAUGAAUUGGAUCAGUUGGUUGGGGAUGCCCGAGCGCGAAGGGAGGCUGAGGGGGAUGGGGCCGAGCCUGAGAAACCUCCUCAUACACUCGGCGCUGAAGAGCUUUACAAUGCGCAUCUGACGCCGUAUCUUGAAGAGACGCAGGCAGCUCUGAACAAGAAACUUGAGGCUACUGCGGCUGAGAAUGGGGAGCUUGCGCAAACGGUACAGGCUCAGAGAUUGGAAAUCGAGAGAUUACUGGCUCAUCUGGAGUCUGUUGUUGAGGAUAUCGAGGAUGCUGCUAAGGCAGCUUCUCAAUUCAGUGAGAAGAACCAUAUUCGCGAGGAUGCGCUUCAAAUGGACGAGGAAGUCAAUGCUCAGCCAGGGAUCUAG